UGAUUUGCCAAAUUUUGUAGUUAUUCGUGGCUAGUCUUUUGUAAGUGAAGGUGUGGUGUAAUUGCAAUAAUGAAAUCGCUAGCUUUAAUUCUAGUCAGCUUGCUGGCUCUAUAUUCAGUAAAUUGUGAUGUAUAUUUUGAAGAAAAAUUCCCUGACGAUUCAUGGGAAUCCAAAUGGAUCUAUAGUGAGCACCCCGGAAAAGAGUUCGGCAAGUUCAAAUUGAGUGCUGGUAAAUUCUACAAUGACCCAGAGGAAGAUAAAGGUCUUCAAACCUCAGAGGAUGCGAGGUUCUACGCCCUCUCACGUAAAUUCAAGCCCUUCUCGAACGAAGGCAAAGACCUAGUAAUCCAGUUCACAGUUAAGCAUGAACAAGAUAUUGACUGCGGAGGUGGCUACAUAAAGGUGUUUGACUGCAAACUGGAUCAAAAAGACAUGCACGGAGAGAGUCCAUAUGAGAUCAUGUUUGGUCCGGAUAUCUGCGGUCCUGGUACUAAAAAGGUGCACGUAAUCUUCAGCUACAAGGGCAAGAACCACCUCAUCAAGAAGGAGAUCCGCUGUAAGGACGAUGUAUACACACAUUUAUACACCCUGGUGGUGAAGCCUGACAACAAGUAUGAAGUGCUCAUUGAUAACGAGAAGGUUGAGGAUGGAAACCUUGAAGAUGACUGGGACUUCCUGCCACCCAAGAAGAUCAAGGACCCAGAAGCCAAGAAGCCAGAGGACUGGGACGAUCGCCCCACCAUUCCCGACCCUGACGACACCAAACCCGAGGACUGGGACAAACCUGAACACAUCCCCGACCCUGAUGCUGCCAAACCUGAAGAUUGGGAUGAUGAGAUGGACGGCGAGUGGGAACCACCCAUGAUUGACAACCCUGAAUUCAAGGGUGUCUGGCAUCCUAAGCAGAUCGACAACCCAGCAUACAAAGGCGCGUGGGUCCACCCAGAAAUUGACAACCCAGAAUAUACAGAGGACAAGAAUCUCUACCUACGCAAGGAAAUCUGCGCAGUCGGCCUUGAUCUGUGGCAGGUCAAAUCUGGAACCAUCUUCGACAAUUUCCUAUUCACUGAUGAUUUAGAAGUGGCGAAAGCGCGCGGAGAAGAAUUAAAGAAGACACUAGAAGGAGAGAAGAAGAUGAAGGCGGAACAGGAUGAGGCGGAGAGAGAAAAGGAGAAGGCGGAGAAACCGGAGGAUGAUGAAGAUGAUGAGGAUCUGGAUGAUGAGGCGAUUCCUGAGGGAGAGGCUGGCCCUGUGGAGGAGCACGACGAGCUGUAAAGUGUGAAGUGUGUGCAAUAACAGACAAUAUAAAGUACUAUACGGGUACUCACGCGCGAUCCGGCGGGGCGAUGCGCUGCCUCAGUGAUCAACACGGUCCACGACAGUUGGGAACUUUUAACAAAAACGUUGACGCUUCGACGUCACUGGCAGGCGUCAAAUGUUAGUACGGUCGGCCUCAGAAUUCGAGUAGCAAUACCGCGAAAUUAUUGCAUCAAAAACCCUUUUCUAUAAAUACGCCACAAACACAAUGUGUUAACCUUAGUGGUUUUUCGCUGUAUCAAAAGCAGACUUCUGAACAUUCCCUAUUUUGGUACUUAAUUAAAAAAAACUGCCACGGGAAUAAUAUGAUCAAAGGUGCUAAACGACUUAAGGCCUUUGACUGUACAUUUGACGUAGGUAGCCCUAUAUUUUUCUAUGAUUUUACGUCACUAUACCCAAUAUUUGACAUAUCGUCGAUUCAGGAUCAAACCGAGAGUUCCCUCACUGCAGUUCACUCUGCCAACUCUAAAACGAUAGCCAUCAAACUCAUUUGAUAUUAGUUGGUUCUAUACUGCUUCACUGAGUGAUAGUAAAGUAUUUUUUUCGUACAAAACCUUCAAUGGAUUGGAAAAUAAAUGUCGAAUGAGCUUCGGUGGUUAUUACUCAGUGACUAUCGCCAACCAUUCUCGUGGCUUUUCAAUUCAAUAAAAUAAAAUUGAAUUUAAUGAUCACUGAGCAAGCGAAUCACCCGCUGGGCCCUGAUUCUGUAUUUUUGACAUUAAGCAACUAUCGCAAUCUGUCAACUCCAUUGAUAAUUUGACAGGUGACGAUUGUUGGUCGUCGCUGUCAAAUCACACGAUUUGACGACCAAUUAAUAAGAAAAAUUUCAGAAUCAGGGGACAGGGUCUAGCACGGAAGUUAUGAUUGUUACAACGUGACAAUCGUUAUUGUAAUAACUAAUCCAAUAGCAGAGAGUGUCGACCACAAACGAUUGUGAUUGUCUCAUUGUAACUAUCAACCUUCAGUGCUAGUCUAGCAGGUUAGCGCUCAAUCGAUCUGAUACGGCAUGUUUAGUUCUCUAGUGUGUCGUUACAGGUCUUAGCACGUGUGAUUCGAAAUAUUCCACUCUCCCCAUAUAUACAUGGUACUGUGCUACGAUCAAUGAUUUGAAUAAUUUAUGUUAUGGUUACUGGCCGUUCUCAGUUAAAACUUAUUUUAACUAGUUCUUACUUGCUGGAGGCUUUUGUUACUUAUUAGUUAUUAGUUUCGACCAUGAUAGGCAUUGUGUAAAAUAAAUGUUUUACACUAGUUUUAAGCAUUAUUUAAAACAUGUUUUUGAUUUUGUUUUAAACGGUGUUUUGUUUUUAAAACAUGUUUCUGAUUUUGUUUUAAACAGGGUGUUUUGUUCUUCAAUAAAAUCAUUUGUUUCCAACAAGCUAAAAUUCUUUUUGCCGGCCCUAAUUUUACAUAUUUUAUCAUGAAAACUGGCUGGCUGAAUUUUUUUUAUAGGCUGCGCCAGUCCAUCGAAAAAUUUCUUUUUUACAGGCACUGUACUAUUUAUAUAGGGGGAUUCUUAUACAAUCCGGGCGCGUUUUGCCGUGCGUCUACGGUGUACUGAUUUUGUAUAUAAAUAAGGAUGCGAUCAGUUUAUUUGUUAUUUAUAUUAUAUGCGGCACUGUGUGUCGAUGAAUGGUGUGUUUGCCUCACAAUAUUGGCCAAUUUGGUCUUAUUCAGCCAAUAAACUUGCAAUAAAAAAUUGACUUAUUUUAACCUGCAACAUUAGCCAAUUUUUGGUUAAUUUGGCGUUUCUUUUGCCUGAUUUGGCUGUUGGUUUAAAUAUUGGCCGUGUUGUGAGGUAAAUAGUGUGUUAUCAGUUUACAUUGUGAAAUGAGUCUGAUUAAAUUAAUAUAAAUUGAAA